AAGUUCAAGAUUCUAAUUCUGGAGAGCCGCGGGUGCUAGGGGGCGUGGCCUGCGGGGCCCGUUUAAAGUGUGUGUGAACUCUGACUUCACGUCUAGUCUCUCUGUUGGGGUGCACGCGGAUUGACCACUCCUUUUUUCUGUGGAUAUUUGGGGGAACACUAAUCCAUAAACAUGACUGACGCGCAACAGGAGGCCCGCGGAUACCUGAGCGAUGAGAUGCUUGCCGAGUUUCAGGCCGCCUUCAACAUGUUCGACACAGACGGUGGCGGUGACAUCAGCACCAAGGAGUUGGGUCAGGUGAUGAGGAUGUUGGGUCAGAACCCGACCCGAGAGGAGCUGGAUGAGAUCAUCGAGGAGGUCGAUGAGGAUGGCAGCGGCACCAUCGACUUCGAGGAGUUCCUGGUGAUGAUGGUGAGGCUGCUAAAGGAGGACCAGGCCGGCAAGAGCGAGGACGAGUUGGCAGAGUGCUUCCGCGUGUUCGACAAGAACGCCGACGGCUACAUCGACCGGGAGGAGUUCGCGCUCAUCAUCCGUAGCACCGGGGAGCCCAUCUCGGAGGAGGAGAUCGACGAGCUGCUCAAGGACGGAGACAAGAACUCCGACGGCAUGCUGGACUAUGACGAAUUCAUGAAGAUGAUGGAGAACGUGCAGUAAAAGUACUUGUGGACAUUCCUCCUCCUCCCCUCCACCUCUGGACUGCCGGUCCUCCACCCUCCCCUCCUCCCUCCACCCUCCGCUGAGCCGCACUGGUUCUCCACCCAAACCAACUCUCCCCGGCAUUCCCUCCCAACCCUCCCCCCGUCCAUCUGGUUUAUUUAUACGGCCCGGUUUCUCUGCACAGACGCAGACGCCCUCAACAGACCUCCAGGGGGCGCCUGCAGGGGGGCUCGCUUAUGAUUGGCCACGGCCCUUUCGACGCUGCGGGGCGACAGGAAGUCCCGCCUCCCCCCUCCAACUCUUGUGAUCAAUAGAUCUAGUCUGGAAAGUUCUGCAGCUGUUGCCCGCUGGGUAGACCAACAACACCCAACCCACUACUGUACCAAACACAAAACCAACAUAAAAGAGUCAUUUGCAUGACCGGAAGAUAAUAAAUAAAUUCACAUAUGCUCACUCGUAGUGGUCUGACGUACUUGUGGCCUGUAUACGUUGUUGUGAGAGGAACUUCAAUAAACUCUUUGUUUCUUC